UUUAUAUAUAAAUGUUAUUAUCUUCUUUUCGUCGUCUUCUUCUUUCUUCUUCUUCUUCUUCUUUUAUAGAGCAGAAAUCCAUUUUCUUCCAAAUUCAACGUAUUUCUACCAUUAUGAGUCCUACAGUUGAACAAGAACAAUACACAAUGUCAGUUGAAGAACAAAUGACAUUAGCUCAACAAGAAAGGGACAAUCUUGAGAUUGUGAAGAAACUUCGAGCAAACCCAAACAUGAUUGAAUACGAAGCAUAUAGUCAUUCAUCACAAAGCGAAAAAGAACAUUCUAUGACAUUUACUGCAUUAAGGGGACCUGGUAUGAUCAUUACUACACCUGUUGUCUUUUAUAACAAGACAUAUACCGAAUGUACGACUGUACUUCAUUUAGGUAAAAAUGUAUGUGGACAUGAUGGUAUUAUUCAUGGUGGAUUAGCAGCUACUAUUCUCGAUGAAGGAUUAGCUUCAGUGGCAGUUCCUGCUUUACCAAAUAAAAUUGGAUUUACAGCCAACUUAAAUGUCAACUAUAGAAAGCCUAUUAAAUCUGAUCAAUGGGUUGUUAUGAAAUCCAAGUUAGAUAAAAUUGAAGAUCGCAAAGCUUAUGUAUCUGCAUUUAUUGAAAGUUUAGAUGGCCAAUUAUUUACAGAAGCUACUUCCUUGUAUAUUUCACCAAAGAUUCCUAUCACUAAUAACAAAGCUUAAAAGACACAGUUUAUUAUUAUUAUUAUUUAUUUAUUUAUAACAAAAAUUCAAUGAUGAAAAUAAAAAAUAAAAGUUUUUUUUUUCUUUAAGAUUCAAUAAGC